CACACGCCUGGACGAAUUCUCCCGGCUGCUGUGUUUCUUUUCGUCCCACUUGUGCUGGCGGUUCAGGAUCACUGGACAAAGACAUUCCAGAGCGCUAGCCAACAACAGACAACAAUGGUAAGGGCAUUUUCCCUAACACAUGGAUGGACACAUAUCAGCCUUGAAGACUCGGGCAGGUCAGGGGGGCAGUUGGGCACCGUGAUGUCGUUGACGGGAGUACAUUCACAGCGUUUCAAGAUACUUCUCAAAAAGGGCUCUGACCCACGAGUCAUCGACACCCUUCUGCAAGACGCCAUGGUUUGGGUCAGACUCGAAGCCGGUGUACACGAGCAACUGCGCGACUUCAAGGAACUUCAGACAGUAUACAAAGCCGAACCCCGAUCCAAGAGUUUUAAAACAGCUUUACAUGAAAAUUUCCACGAUGAUGAUGAGAUGGCAAGGUUCAACGAGGCGCUCGAGAGCCUCAGAGGGUUCCUCAACGAGCAGUUGGGCGUGAUCAAAACGACAUCCAAGGAACUCAUCGAGCUAGAAUUCAACCUCACAUCAAUCCGAGAAGCACAGAAAUCGACUUCGACGAGCCUGAGCAUGAAGCGGCUCAGCUGGAUAACAUUCAUCUACCUUCCGCUCACAUUUGUCGCCAGCCUCUUCGGCAUGAACGUAGACGUCUUAGAUUUCAACCCGCCUUGGUGGGCCUACCUUCCCUUUGCUGCCGCCACUCUAGGCAUCACCAUCAUUGUCUGGUCCAUCUUCAAGUAUACCCUAGAUGAGGAAACUAGGAGGGAAAGGGAUGGUCCUUCGACAACAAGAGCGAGCUGGGCUAGGGUCUUGGCACUUGUCAAGAAGGACAACUCUGGAGAUGGCAAGAAAGACGAUGUUUGACUGCCAUGUGGAAUGCAUAUGUUCACUGCGUGGAUAGCAGGCACUCGCACCCUAUGCUCGACGCGAACUUAGUAAUGGAGACCUUAGAGGCACCUUGCAUUGCUCGCAAUGUACUGAGUACAUGUAGUAGAGUACCUAGACUAGGUACCUACCUAAGUCGACUGCCCCAG